AUGAUGGAUCUACUAGGUUCAUACUACCUCACAGGCAACGAGACGGAACAGGCCAGGAACCUCUUCGACGACCUGCAGCUAUCACAGGACAAGUCUCCGAGUCGGAAUGGUUUCGACCAUGAUACGAGGCUUACCGCCUUCGACCAGGAACAGCGCCGGAACAAUGAAUUGAAUCCGCUACCCGCUCUCGCAAGGACGUCCACACGUACCACGGAUACAGCAAAGGCGUCGUCAGCGUCGAAGCCGACUCGAGCCACAUCCACUCUGUUCACCCGAACUGCGUUCCUCCCCAAGCCAGCCAUACCGGAACGUCUGAGAACCGCAGUCCCUGCGCCCUCAGGAAACUGUUUCAAGUGUGGCAAGCCUGGCCAUUUCCAGGACAAAUGCCCCCUUAACGCUACUAUCAAGGAAAUGGACCGUAACGACCCCGAGGCAGAAGAACAAUGGGAAGAAGCUGUGGAACUUCAAUCGGAUGCGUCCCUCGAGGAAAACGAUGAGGCCUAG